AUGGGUGUUCAGAAUCAGAAUAACAAUAAUAAUGAGCAACAGAGGGCAAUUCGGGAUUAUUUCAAACCCCCAAUUCAGGAACACUAUUCAGGUAUCCGGAGGCAGACCAUCAAUGCCAAAAAUUUGGAGCUGAAGCCUUCCUUGAUCUCGAUGGUUCAACAGAAUCAGUUUGGGGGAUUGCCCAAUGAGGACCCGAACACUCACUUGUCCAUGUUCUUGGAAGCGGCUGACACGGUGAAGAUUAAUGGUGUCACUGAGGGCACCAUCAAGUUGAAAUUGUUCCCAUUCUCUCUUCGGGACAAGGCUCGACAGUGGUUGAUGUCACUGCCAACAUGGAGUAUUGGCACUUGGGAAGAGAUGACUGAGAGGUUCUAUAAUGGGUUGAAUGGCCAAUCGAGGACUAUUGUUGAUAGCACUGCAGGUGGAUCAUUGAUGGCAAAGUCUAUUCCAGAGGCCUACAAUUUGCUUAAGGAAAUGUCUACCAACAGUUAUCAAUGGUCUUCAGAGCGUUCAAUACCGAAGAAAACUGCUGGUAUUCAUGAAGUGGGUCUGUUAAUUUCAUUGUCGGCACAGGUUUCAGCUUUGUCAAAUCAGAUUGUAGCCUUGACUAACAAAGAAGAGUCAUUUAGCAGAGAGGCAGUGGCAGGUGCCAGUACACUUUUUGCACAGGAUGAGUACACUCAAGAGCAGGUUCAAUUUGUGAACAACAGGAACUUUAACUAUAGGCCCAAUCAAUUGCCUAAUCGCUAUCAUCCUGGCUUGAGAAACCAUGAGAAUUUCUCUUAUGCCAACAAUAGGAAUGUUUUGCAACCUCUUCUGGGUUUCAACCAACAAGUGGUGGAAAAGAAACCUUUUGUGGAAGAUUUGUUGAGUACCUUCAUUGUUGAGACUAGAGGCAGGUUUAACAAGGAUGAGGCUAGACUUGACAACAUUGAGACACAUUGUAACAACAUGAAUGCAACCAUGAAGUCCCUUGAGGUGCAAAUCGGUCAAUUAGCCAAUGCGGUUAAGGGGCAAUCAUCCGGCAAGUUCCCAAGUGAUACGGAGCCUAAUCCCAAAGACCAUUGCAAGGCUAUCACCUUGAGAAGUGAGGAAGAAGUUGAGGCUCCUAAGCCCCAAGAGGAUAAAAUCAAGGAAGAAGAGGUAGGAUCAGAGCAACCAAAGGAGAGUGUAAGGCCUAAGUCGAUCUCUUUUCUGGAUAAUCCUCCUCUCAUCGCUCUUACCCUCCCGUAUCCGUAA